AUGCGGCGGCGGCCGCCGAGCCGGGGCGGACGCGGGGCGGCCCGGACCAGGGAGACGCGCCGGGAGCCCCGGCACUGCAGCGGCCACAGGAUGGCCGAGGCUAUCGGCUGUUCUCUGAACUGUAGUUGCCAAAGUUUCAAACCUGGGAAAAUAAACCACCGUCAGUGUGAACAGUGCAGACAUGGAUGGGUGGCCCAUGCUCUUAGUAAGCUGAGGAUCCCCUCCAUGUAUCCAACAAGCCAGGUGGAGAUUGUCCAAUCCAAUGUGGUGUUUGAUAUUAGCAGCCUCAUGCUCUAUGGGACCCAGGCCAUCCCUGUUCGCCUGAAAAUCCUACUGGACCGGCUCUUCAGUGUGUUGAAGCAAGAUGAGGUUCUCCAGAUCCUCCAUGCUUUGGACUGGACCCUUCAGGAUUACAUCCGUGGAUACGUACUACAGGAUGCAUCAGGAAAGGUGUUGGAUCACUGGAGCAUCAUGACCAGUGAGGAAGAAGUGGCCACCUUGCAGCAGUUCCUUCGUUUUGGAGAGACCAAGUCCAUAGUUGAGCUCAUGGCAAUUCAAGAGAAAGAAGAACAAUCUAUCAUCAUACCACCUUCCACAACGAACGUAGAUAUCAGGGCUUUCAUCGAGAGCUGCAGCCAUAGGAGUUCUAGCAUCCCCACUCCUGUGGACAAAGGAAACCCCAGCAGUAUGCACCCCUUUGAGAACCUCAUAAACAACAUGACUUUCAUGCUGCCUUUCCAAUUCUUCAACCCUCUGCCUCCUGCACUGAUAGGGUCGCUUCCCGAACAAUACAUGCUGGAGCAGAGUCAUGACCAAGAUCAGGACCCCAAACAGGAAAUCCACGGGCCCUUUCCUGACAGCAGCUUCUUAACUUCCAAUUCCACAUCAUUUCAGGUUGAAAAAGAGUAUUUAAACUGUCCAGAUGCUAUUACUAAAAAAGAAGACAAUGCCCAUUUAAGUGACUCUAAUUCAUACAACAUUGUCGCAAAGCUUGAAAGGACACAGUUAUCCCCUGAGACCAAAGUGAAGCCCGAGAGGAACAGCCUUGGCACAAAGAAGGGCCGGGUGUUUUGCACUGCAUGCGAGAAGACCUUCUAUGACAAAGGUACCCUCAAGAUCCACUACAAUGCUGUCCACCUGAAGAUCAAGCAUAAAUGUACCAUCGAAGGGUGUAACAUGGUAUUUAGCUCCCUGAGGAGUCGGAACCGCCAUAGUGCCAACCCCAACCCUCGGCUGCACAUGCCAAUGAAUAGAAAUAACCGGGACAAAGAUCUCAGGAACAGCCUGACUCUGGCCAGUUCUGAGAACUACAAGCGCCCAGGUUUCUUGCUGACAUCUCCAGACUGUAGGCCUCUCCCCAGCUACAGUGGUUUAGGGGAGGAUUCCAAAGGCCAGUCAGCCUUCCCAAGCAUUGGACAAAAUGGUGUGCUUUUUCCCAACCUAAAGACAGUCCAGCCAGUCCUUCCUUUCUACCGCAGUCCAUCCACUCCCGCUGAGCUGGCAAACACGCCUGGGAUGCUGCCUUCUCUCCCUCUGUUGUCCUCUUCAAUCCCAGAACAGCUGGUUUCAAACGAAGUGCCAUUCGAUGCCCUUCCCAAGAAGAAAUCCCGUAAGUCCAGUAUGCCUAUCAAAAUAGAGAAGGAAGCUGUGGAAAUAGCUAAUGAGAAGAGGCACAACCUCAGCUCGGAUGAAGACAUGCCCCUGCAGGUGGUCAGUGAAGAUGAGCCAGAGGCCUGCAGUCCUCAGUCAGGCAGAGCACCCGAGGAGCAGCACACACAGUCCGAAAGCUUAAGGAAGUCUCUCACUGAAGGAGAAAGGCCCUGCCAUCUCCCAUCAGUGAUUGAGUCCAGUGGAACCAUUAGCCAAACCCCUGAGCAGGCCACACACAACUCAGAGAGGGAGACUGAACAGAAGCUGGCAUUGACCAUGGUGCCAAGGGAGGUUGAGGAUGGUGGCCGUGAACACCACUUCACACAUGGGAUGGAACCCCGAGUUUCUUUUCCUGACUACAUGGAACUGCAACAGCGCCUGCUGGCUGGGGGACUCUUCAGUGCUUUGUCCAACAGGGGAAUGGCUUUUCCUUUUCUCGAAGAUCCUAAAGAACUGGAGCACAUGGGUCAGCAUGCAUUAGUGAGGCAAAAGGAAGAAAAUCCCUUCCAGUGUAACAUCUGCAAAAAGACCUUUAAAAACGCUUGCAGUAUAAAAAUGCACCAAAAGAAUAUACAUGCCAAAGAAACACACACGUGCACAGUGGAGGGCUGUAAUGCCACCUUCCCCUCCCGCAGGAGCAGAGACAGACACAGUUCAAAUGUAAACCUCCACCAAAAAGGCUUGAACCAAGAAGCAUUGGAAAGCAGUGAAGAUCAUUUCCGUGCGGCUUACUUUCUGAAAGAUGUGGCUAAGGAGGCCUAUCAGGAUGUGGCCUUCACACAGCAAGCCUCCCAGACAUCUGUCAUCUUCAAGGGAACAAGUCGAAUGGGCAGUCUGGUUUACCCAAUAACCCAAGUCCACAGUGCCAGUCUGGAGAGCUACAACUCUGGUCCCCUGAGUGAGGGUACCAUCCUGGAUUUGAGCACUACCUCAAGCAUGAAGUCAGAGAGCAGCAGCCAUUCCUCUUGGGACUCUGAUGGGGCAAGUGAGGAAGGCACCGUGCUUAUGGAGGACAGUGAUGGGAACUCUGAAGGGCCGAGCCUUGUCCCUGGGGAAGACGAGUACCCCAUCUGUGUGCUGAUGGAGAAGGCUGACCAGAGCCUUGCCAGUCUACCUUCUGGUUAUCCCAUUACUUGUCACCUCUGCCAAAAGACAUAUAGUAAUAAAGGGACCUUUAGGGCCCACUACAAAACUGUGCACCUCCGCCAGCUCCACAAAUGCAAAGUGCCAGGCUGCAACACUAUGUUUUCAUCUGUUCGCAGUCGAAACAGACACAGCCAGAAUCCCAACCUGCACAAAAGCCUGGCCUCAUCUCCAAGUCACCUUCAGUAACAAGAUGGCAGAACAGUAUGCUCAGAUAAGCGUUUGUCAUAAUUUAGGAAUAAGGUAGUCGAAAGAAAUGUUUAAUACCAUUUGGGACAAGCCAGGCAAAAAGUAUUUGAUUUGACUUAAUAGUUUUCUACAGAAGGAUGAGCAAAAGACAAGCCUUGUGGGAAGUUGACACUGGGGUAGCCCUUCCUAUUAUUUUUCUUAGCCCAAGAGGUUUUUCACUAAUGUAAGGAAAACCUGGAGAAAUGCAGUUUUCCCCAGUUUUGUUUACAUGUUCUCUGGGAGAGCUCUAGGUCUACAGAUCAGAGCUGGGGAGGAGGGGACGGAGGGCAGCCAGGGGUAGCCAGGACCUGGGGACAGGUUCAAGUGAGGCUUGCAGUAUUAAGGGUCUUAGGGAAGAACUGUGCUAGGGAAGACUGUGACCACUGGCAAGACACUAGUCACAAAGAUCACAUUUUCAGUUCCUUCUAUAAUGAGUCUGAAAUCCAGACUUGAGUUUGGGAAAAUGAUUUUUUAGAUCAUCCCUCCAUUUGGAGUGGAUAAUUGUUCCCCCACCCACCCCUGCCCCAAAGGUCUCAUGUGUUACUCCAUGGAGUUCUCAGAGGAAGUGGGUUGGCCUCUAACAUGUUUCUUGUUAAUUCUUGAUCUCUAACACACGUUCAAGAAGCUAGGGAGAAAAUAUUUCAUGCACUUAAAAGAGUGGUCUUCAAUUUAAUUUAAAAUGAUUUUGAUAAUAUUUAAUUUGUGUUUAUGUGAGUGUUUGGUAUGAGUGCAGACAUGUCAUUGUCACCUCUGGAUCUCUGUUCAGAAGCACAACAAGUGACGACCUAAACUUUAAAACGACUGCCUGUUUCCAUUUGGUGAACUUCGGAGUCUGUUCAUUUUGAUCCCUUGUGGAAUGAGUGCAAGCAUGAUUCUGACAGAACCAUUUGUAUAUAUUCCACCAAAGCAUUUGUAGUAUGUGGUUCUGACAGUUGUAUAAUUUCAGUAUCACUGGAUCCCUCAGUCUUCACCCUUUUAUAAAUGUGUAAGAUUAGGAUGAACUUCCAAAUUUACUUGGUAGAAAGAAAAGUAGGACAUUAUUGAUAAUACUGUGUGUCUUAAUAUUAACUUAUUCAUAAAUAUAUUUCACACUGUUUUACACAUUUGCCAUUGUCAAAAGGAAGCUUAGUUAACCCUGUGGAAUGAAACCAUCUCCUGAAAUUCGGUAUUUGCAGUAUUCUAAAAGCUUGUGAUUUUGUGUUAAGAGUUCAAGUUAAUCAUCUUUUAAACUCAUGGUUGGUUUAAGUAAUAAAAAACAUCCUUUAAGAAAAUUGAGGGUUAUAAGAGAUAUUAUUCUUCUGGCCUGAAUGUUAAAAAGGCCAACAACUUGU